AUGGCUAAACAAUAUAGGGAUCCUAAAACCAAGGUGCAUAUUCCUUAUCGUGAAAAGAAAGCAUUGAGUGGGACAGCAAGAUAUAUGUCAAUAAACACCCAUUUGGGAAGAGAACAACUGAGACGAGAUGAUUUAGAAAGUUUGGGUCAUGUUUUCAUGUAUUUCUUGAGGGGAUCAUUACCAUGGCAGGGUUUAAAAGCACCUACUAAUAAACAAAAGUAUGAAAAAAUUGGUAUGAAGAAGCAAACAACAUCAAUUAAUGAAUUAUGUUAUGGAUUUCCAAUUCAAUUUGCACAAUAUUUGACAUAUGUGCGUAAUUUAAAGUUUGAUGAAACACCGGAUUAUAAAUAUUUGAUAAAUUUAAUGGAUAAAGCUCUGAUUUCAAUAAGUGUUGAAGAAGAUGGACAUUUUGAUUGGAUGGAUUUAAAUGGGGGUAAAGGUUGGGAUGCUGCAUUAAAUAAAAAAGCUAAUUUACAUGGUUAUGGCAAUCCACAUCCUCCUGCUCAUUAUAGAAAACAUCAACAACAACUUCAGCAGCAGCAGCAACAGCAGCAACUUCAAAAUUCUCAAAAUCAACCAUUACUAGGAAGAAGCCAUUCUAGAAAUAACUCAGCAUCAUCACCUAGAAAUAACAACAAUAGAUUUGGUUAUCAAUCUAUACAACAAAAUCAACAAGAUUCACGAAAUAUUCAAUUUUUAAACAAUAAUAGCAGGUUUACUCAACAACAAUAUUUACAAAAUGGUAUGAUACCAGUAAGAGACAAUGAAGAAUUGCAUUCAGAUACAUCGAGUUUUAAUAGAAAGAAAAAUAGAAGUUGCUUAUCUUGGAUAUUUUGUUGUUGCUAUUAA